CAAAGACGAAUCGGAGAGGAAUGACGAGGAGGGAGUGACUAUGGUGGAGGCGCCGCCACCCCCGCCGCCCGCGCCGCCCGCACCCACUCACCGCGACGCCCGGCACUGCUGAGGGGCGGCACGCUGCCCACCGCCCACGCCGCCACACGCUGCCGCCUCCCACGCCACGCCCAAACCUCUCGCCGAAGGCCCAGGCCACCCCCGGGCGCUGGCCGCCCAGGCGGGCGGGGGUGCCACGGACUGCCCCGGGCGCGGCUGGCACCGCACGCAGGCACGGUGCCGGGCCUCCCCCAGCAGCCAGGCGUGGCCGCGGCGGCGCAGGACGCAGUGAAGUGACGGACGCGACGACGAGCGACGAGGCGGCGCUGCGGCGGAACGACGCAGGAGCCGAGGCGCGGCCCGCGGGAGGCGGCGCCCGGCCCAGCGGCCCCUGCUGGCCUGUGCUGCCCUGCUGCUGCCCUGUGCUGCCCACGGCGGCGGCACCGUCCAGGACACCACCGUGUGCAGGAGCCUCGGCGACACGCACCGACACACACGCCAAACACUGCCGCGACGCACGCACACGGCCGCGACGCGCGCCACACACCAACACACACACACACACACACACACACACACGUGUCUCGCCCUCCCCUGCAUUGAGGCACGAGGGCCGCGGCCUGUGCCCGAGGCCCGCCGUGCCGCGAAGCGUGUGCUGUGCAUGACUCUGUGUUGGUGUGCGUGGCGCGGCGGCCCCCAGCGCCCCCGCGGCUAUGAUAGCAUCUGACGCCUUCACCGUGGCCACGAUGAACCAGCUGUGCAAGGUGUGUGGGGAGCCGGCCGCGGGGUUCCACUUCGGGGCCUUCACCUGCGAGGGAUGCAAGUCGUUCUUCGGGCGCACGUACAACAACCUGUCACAAGUGCACGAGUGUAAGAACGGCGGCCAGUGCGUCAUCAACAAGCAGAACAGAACCUCGUGCAAGGCUUGCCGCCUCAGGAAGUGUCUCAUGGUGGGCAUGUCCAAGACGGGAUCCAGGUAUGGCCGACGCUCCAACUGGUUUAAGAUCCACUGCCUGCUACAGGAGCAGGCCGCCUUCAACGGCCAGCCGGCCACCAGCCUGCGGCCGCCCAUCACGCCCACGCUGCAGGACGGCUCGCUGCCCUACGUGGCGGGCCGCCUGCGGGACGCCAUGGGCCACGAGGCGCCGCUGAGGCCACCCGCGCCGCCGCCCCACGACCUGCCCGCCGCGCUGUCCACGCUGACGGCCGCCACGCACCUCCAGCAGCGGGAGGGCGGCGGUGGCCCCGAGAUGGAUGGUCGCCGCGAGCAGCUGCUGGCGGCGCUGCGUCAGUGCCACGCCCUGGAGGCCCCGCGUCACGCCGCGGACCUGGACCUACGGCGACCCGUGGACCUGGAGGCGCUGCGCCGCCACCUGGAGCCCGAGGGGGAGCGCGCGGCGCCGCUGGCCCUGCUGGAGUGGGAGCGGCGCCUGCGGGAGGCGGCGCGACGCGGCGCGCACCACCACGGCCUGGAGCGGAAGGCGCCGCCGAUGGAGGCCAAGGCGCCGCCCGCCGCCUCGCCCGACAUGGACGCCGCCUCCGCACCCGCCAAGGACGACUUCGAGCGGCAGUGCGGCGGCGGCGGCGGCGGCGGCGGGGGACGAAGCUCCCCAGGCACCUGCGGCCUCAUGACGGAGGAGGAGCGGCUCAACUUCUUGAAGGCGGUGGCGAGCCCCGCCCCCCCGCAGCCGCCCGUGACCUGCGGGGUGCGGGCGCCGCCCCCCCACGACCUGCUGACGUACUCGUCCCUCAACAACAACCUGUUCCCCUUCGCGCCGUGCCCGCCGCUCUGGUCCUCCGUCCUCCCCUUCCCGCCCCUCGCCAAGUUCGACCCGCCCCUGCCCGCCCCCGCUCCCCCCACGCCCCCCGCCCUGAAGCCCGCGGUGUUCGGCGCCCCCGAGGUGUCGCGCGCCGCCUCGCCGCAGCGCCUGGCCCAGGAGGACGCAGCCACCAAGAAGCGCUUCCUGGACGCCGUGCUGCAGGUGCAGCGCCGCAGUCAGACGCCCUCGCCGCGCCAUGACGCCGCGCCCGCCGCCGUGCGCCCUCCCCACAGCGCCCACGCCUCGCCGCCCGCCGCCCAGGCCGCGCCGCACGACCAGCCCAUCGACCUCACCGUGAGGCGGAAGCGCAAGAUGGACAAGAGCGAGAUCCAGUACCACCCCGGCGACGACAAGUGGCUGCGGGGCGGCGAGGACGACGACGACGACGACGACGAGGAUGAUGAGGUGGAGGAGAUCCUGGAGGACGAGGACGAGGAGGAGGAGGUGGAGGAGGAGGACGAGGCGGUGGAGGAGGUGGUGGAGGAGGAGGGCAAGGCGGAGAGCGAGGGUCAGGUGGAGGUGCCCGUGAAGCUGCUCAAGCUGGACGCCGCGGGGGGGACGGUCAUGGUGUGAGGAGGAGGAGGAGGAGGAGGAGGAGGAGGAAGGAAGAGGGAAGAAGGAAGGAGCAUAAUAAUUAGUCAAGAAAGUGCCAUGAGGGGGGGCGGGGGGGGG